UCCGGGCUGCAGUGCCAUAGCUGCUGAGAAUGUGAGAUCUGCUGCGGGGAGGGGGAGGACCGGACUGUGCAUCUAUAGAUCCGAGGAGGGGAGCGGGCUGCACCCUCUGUGCUGACCCCUACAGCACCACCCAUGGAUGCCCUGUGCCCCCUGGCACCCCCUGUGCACUGGAGGAUGCUGAGUGCCCCCCUAUAACAAGGACAUGUAAUGCUGCUGACACCGGGGGGAGGGGCUAUUUAUUUAUUUAUUUUCUGCAUCCUACCUACGGGAGCCUGUCACCUAUCUGUGUGUAUAUACAUAUAGACCUAUAGUAUUUAUCUGUAUACUGCGAGGAUGAAGAAGCAAUUCAACCGGAUGAGGCAGCUGGCCAACCAGACAGUGGGCAGGGCUGAGAAGACGGAGGUGCUGAGUGAUGAUCUUUUACAGGUGGAGAAACGUCUGGAGUUGGUUAAACAAGUCACCCACAGCACCCACAAAAAACUCACAGCAUGUUUACAGGGUCAGCAAGGGACCGACACAGAUAAAAGAUCGAAAAAGUUACCUCUUAUAACACUGGCGCAGUGUCUCAUGGAAGGAUCUGCAGUCUUAGGGGAUGACUCCUUGCUUGGGAAGAUGCUGAAGUUGUGCGGGGAAGCAGAAGACAAACUAGCCCAGGAGCUCAUCCACUUUGAGCAGGAGAUAGAGAGAGAUGUGGUAGAUCCCCUGUUUGUGCUCUCAGAGGUGGAGAUCCCCAAUAUCCAAAAACAGAGGAAACACUUAGCCAAACUAGUCCUAGACAUGGAUUCUUCUAGAGCGAGGUGGCAGCAAUCUGCUAAGUCAUCCGGGAUCUCCAGCAACCUGCAGCCCACUGGAGCCAAGGCAGACGCACUCAGGGAAGAGAUGGAAGAGGCGGCAAACCGCGUAGAAAUCUGUAGGGAUCAGCUGUCGGCAGACAUGUACAGCUUCGUGGCCAAAGAAAUCGACUAUGCAAACUACUUUCAGACGCUAAUAGAAGUCCAGGCCGAAUACCACAGGAAGUCUCUCGCUUUACUGCAAGCCGUCCUGCCGCAGAUCAAGGCUCAGCAGGAGGCCUGGAUUGAGAAGCCAUCAUUCGGAAAGCCCUUAGACGAACACUUGACGGUCAGCGGCCGGGAGAUUGCCUUCCCCAUCGAGGCCUGUGUGACGAUGCUCCUGGAGUGCGGAAUGCAGGAGGAGGGAUUGUUCCGAGUUGCCCCCUCAGCCUCCAAGUUAAAGAAGUUGAAAGCUGCCCUGGACUGCUGUGUGGUGGAUGUAGCUGAAUACUCGGCCGACCCCCAUGCCAUUGCAGGGGCACUGAAGUCUUACCUCCGGGAGCUUCCUGAACCCCUCAUGACCUUCGAGCUUUAUGAUGAAUGGAUCCAAGCUUCCAAUAUCCAGGAGCAGGACAAGCGGUUGCAGGCUCUAUGGAACGCAUGUGAGAAACUCCCUAAAUCCAAUUACAACAACUUCAAAUAUGUCAUCAAGUUUCUGUCCAAGUUAACAGAAUAUCAAGACGCCAACAAGAUGACGCCCAGCAAUAUGGCCAUCGUGCUGGGGCCUAAUCUUCUCUGGCCGCAGGCAGAAGGCAAUAUCACUGAAAUGAUGACGACCGUGUCCUUACAGAUCGUGGGCAUCAUUGAGCCUAUAAUCCAACAUGCUGACUGGUUCUUCCCAGGCGAGAUAGAGUUUAAUGUGACCGGUAACUACGGCAGCCCUGUACACACCAACCACAAUGCCAACUACAGCUCCAUGCCCUCUCCGGAUAUGGAUCACUCGGACCGUAAGCAGCAUGACCAGGCCAGGCGACCGCUCAGCGUGGCUACCGAUAACAUGAUGCUGGAGUUCUACAAGAAGGAUGGCCUUAGGAAAAUUCAGAGCAUGGGCGUCAGGGUGAUGGACACCACUUGGGUUGCCCGCCGCGGUUCUUCCUUAGUCCGCAAAGGCCCCUCCACCCCGCCCGCCGUUCAGCCCCCUGCUCCUCCUCCGCUAGAUACCGCAGCCACACCUCAGUCACCAAAUCCCGACCUGUCCGUAGAGUCUCCCUCCCCCACUCCUCCCAGUAGCGGCUCCCAGCCAGGUCCUGAGAGGACAAGCGGAGAUGAGAUUUCGCCCCAGUGGUCGGAUACCUGUUACAACUAUCCUUCCCCUGAAGAAGACAGACCCCUCUCGUACCCAAGCUCACAGCACCCUACCCUCCAUCCUCACCCUCCAAAAGCUCCACCAUCUGCCAGACCUGAUGCCACCUCUACCUUUCGGUGGUCCGGGUACAGCCAAACUUUGCCUCCUUCCCCUCCAAAGCUUGACAUAAACUCAAACCCCAAACCUUGCUUUUUACACCUCACCAAGCAAAGCUCCCUCACUGAACCUCACGCUUCUGAGCCUAAUGUCUCACCCCUCUACAUCAAAACCCCACUCGUUCUAACCAAACCCGAUCCAUCUGGUACCCCUGACCUACCCACUAUGUCAGCCUCGCCCCCGUGGCUCAGCUGUUCCUGCCCUCGAGACAAGGGAACCAAGCUGACUAGUUCAUUGAAAGGGAAGGAGCUUUCUCCUGUAUCUGGGCCAAAGGGAAGUCCUAGCACUGGUCACAUGGUGUCUGCGGGCGGCGGAAUAGGGCUGAACCAGCUGUCAACAGAGCAAAGCCCUCAUUCUCUUAGGAAAGUAUCUAAGAAACUAGCGCCUGUUCCACCCAAAAUCACGUACACUCAGACAGGGGCAGUGUCAGAUCAGUCAACGGGUCAACCUUCUCCAGUCAGUCUUUCCCCAACCCCUCCUAGCACUCCUUCACCCUAUGGACUCAGCUACCAAGGUUCUCUCGCUUUGACGCCGAACUUGGCAUCCCCACCUCCCGUGAGCAGCACUUUAACAAAAUCCCGUCCUACACCUAAACCAAGACAGAGACCCUCACUCCCCCCUCCUCAGCCUCCCACAAGUCAGUCCGCUUCCAGCCCUCAGUCUUCGGAGAACAGUAUCUUAGAUGGCCUGUCUCCUGGAGAUAGUAUGUCUACAGAUAUCAUCCAUUUUGACAUUCCAUCUAUUCUUAUUGAAAUCGAUACUGCCUUGCAACGUGAUGCCAUGAAACAGGAACAGCAGAGGCGCGCCGCCGAAGGCAAGACGGAAUCGGAUGAGGAAUCGGAGAGCACGGCCCUCUGACGCUAAGCCCAAUAUGUGCCCGCCACGAUCAACAGCCAAACUUGUGCCAAUCUGUAUACGAGCCCCAGUUCUGCUUUUAACAGGGGGUGCCUUUGUUAUGGGGUUACUUUUCAUUUUUUAUCUUUUUUUUGUAGGUUUUACUGCAAUAGGGCUUCAAAUUAUAAAUUUCCCGCUAAAAGAAAAAAAAUCUGGUAAAAACAGUACAAAAAAUUCAGUUUCAUAUAAAUGUCCCUUUGAAAAAGCUAGUACAAACAAUAUCCUCGGAUCUUCUGAGCAUGGGUAAAAAGAAAAAAAAAUAUUAUUUUUUUUAAUUGUGGCCGAUCCCCGACCCCUUUACAGAAUAAUACUUUCCUUUGAUAUGCUGCAGGCUGUGAUCCUUUAUUGCCUUGACUAUGUACUAUGUGGAGAGUGAUUUUUCUUUGUGUAGUUACUGAGGUUUAGCGGUUAUGCAAGUUUUUCGUACCAUUCUUUGACUGAAGUUUUCCGGAUUUGUCUGGUUUUUUUGUGUUUUUUUUUUUUUAAAUUGACAAUAAUAUUACAGAGUUACCUUUAAAAUUUCCCAAAAAUGUGGUGACUAUUCUAUCUACUCUCCCUUACAUAAACACACAUUCUGCAUAAAAGAAAAAUACCUGAAAUGUAAGCCAAAUCGAAACACUUUGAUCUGUACUAUAUUGAAAAAUUUAGAAUUUGCUAUUACAGGCAAAAUUUAAAAUGUUUAUUUUAUUAUAGUUCGGAAUAUAGUUUUAUAGUUUUAAAACACGUUGACGGAAGCGAUGGAGUUAUGUAAUUCAUUUUAUAAGGGUAUCCAAAUUUCUUCAUCUGGUACCUAUUUUCUGUUCAAAACAUCAUUAUUAUUUUUUACCCCCCAAAAAUCAGGGAUUUGUUGAAAUUCUUAUUUUGAUUUGGCAUUUAAAAAAAAAAAAAGUCAAAAUGUUGUAAUUUCGCGAAAUCAAUGGUGGUGCCAAAUUAUUUAUUAGAUAUUUCUAUAAUUUUCAGAUGGAAAUCUGAAUAUAAUCAGAUUUUAUUAAGUAUAAAAUUCAUCCCGACAAGGUCAUUGCUUCCCUUAUUUUAUUUGGCAGAUAUUUUUAUAUGAUUUAGUUGCGUUUUUGUUUUGUUUUUUAAUUUUCAUAUUAUUUUAUUUAUUUCUAUUUUUUACAUUAGGAUGACGUUCAGUCGCCAUUUAUAUUUUAUGUGGAGAGUUUAUGCUGCCUGUACAUUUUUAUUUUAUUUUGUAAAUGACAGAGUACCUAAAAAGUCUAUAUACUUAAUAUAAAAACAAAAUAAUCUCCUAUAUCAUAUUGGGCGGUUUAUAUGGCCUGUGGAUGGAAUUCGUUGAAAAUAAUAUUUUCUAAAGAGAAAUACUAUAUAUAGAUAUCUAUGGAAAAUUUGCUAUAUGAUUUUUUUUUUUAAUUAUUAUUAUUAUUUUAUUUUUUUGCUUGUGUAUGCGUGAGUGUAUGAGGUAAAGGUGUUAAUGGUCUAAUUUAGGAAAAAGGAAACUAAGCAUAUGGCAUUGAAUAAUGUAUAUAUGUAUUUGUUAUCUAUAUAAGAUUCUAAUGUAUAAUUGUAAAGAAAGAAUAAUACUGCUUUAUGGGGCCGUAUUUUCCAAAAAUAUUUGUAAAUAAUAGAAAGAAAAAAAAGUUAACCGUUCCUUCUUUCCUCUCCAGUUUUAUAUAUAUUUUUUUUCCUGUCUCACUGAAAUGUUUACAUUUUACCGCAAGCAGUUGUCGAACAAUAUAUAGAAAACCCUAAGUGUUUUUUUUUUUAUGUUUUUUGUUUUCUUUUAUGUUACCGUAACUUGCCAAAUUCUGGUAAAAAUAUGUUUAUAUAGGAUAAUUCUCUGUGUGAAUUUGCCUAAAUGAACAAAAUAUGUAUUUGAAUCAAUAAUUCAGAUAUAAAAAUGUGAACCCCCCUUUCAUUACUGUUCCCUUCCCAAUUGGCAAUAGCGGCCCAUCCUCAACCUGGACUCAACGGAAAGAAAACUUGUGUCAAAAAUUCUCAAAACUGUGGACAAUAUUUUGGUGUAAUCUAUUAAGACUAUUCAAAAAAUAUGAUCACCAUGGUUCUGUAAAACUAAGAGAAAUCUACAAAUAUUUGGUGAAUCUUCAAACCUUGGGCAACCAAUUAUUUUUUUUUUUUUUCCUGUUCGAAACAAAAUAUUUUACUACCCUGUAUGUGUUACCUAUGGAGGUUCUUAUGCACAAUUUUCACCAGAGUGGCACCAUGUUUAUCUGUGUAAAGUCGUAUCGUUGUACAUAACUACCAACCAUGUAUGCAACACGUCAACGGAACACCCAAGACCCAUGGUUAUGCACUGCUGAAAAUAUGGCGUCAACUUUUUCGUAUUUCAGCGUGUAGAGUCUAUGGAUUUCACGUGGGGCCUCGCCCUCUUUGUUGUGUCUGAACAUGUGAUAAUCCUGCCAAUUACUAUAUUGUAUCCGUGCGUACACAUCUGUGGUAACACCAACAGGCCCCUAAACCAUAGCUUUUUCCCAGAGAGCCAAUGCUCUGAAGUUGUCUUUUUUAUAUAUAAAAAAAAAUUUAAAAAAAUAAAAUAUAUGAAAAUUUAA